AUGGAAGCACAACAGCGCCGCAGUUCUGGGUUUCAGGGCGACGACUUGAUCAAGGAUGGAACUCGAGUGAGAGAUGAUGGUCGGAUUGAAAUCGACUUGGAUUCCAAAGUCGGCAGAGAAGUGUCCAAGUUGAUUCCAUUUUUGGAUUCAGAGGAGCAACUACAUCCAUCGGAGGAACCAUCCGUCGAGACAAGAUGCGACCUUGAGCUCAACAUUGUUAUUCAAGUCGUCGGCAGCAGAGGCGACGUCCAACCCUUUGUUGCAUUGGGCAACGAACUUCAACGCCAUGGUCACCGGGUACGACUUGCCACACAUGGCGUCUUCGAAUCGUUUGUUCGGGACUCUGGGUUGGAGUUCUACUCUAUCGGGGGAGAUCCAUCGGAGUUGAUGGCUUACAUGGUCAAGAACCCAGGCCUAAUACCGCAGAUGAAGUCGGUCAAGGAUGGGGAUAUUAAAAAGAAGCGUAUUAUGGUCGCUGAAAUUCUACAAGGCUGUUGGAGGUCUUGCAUCGAAGAUGACUUGGUGACAAACACACCCUUCGUCGCCGAUGCUAUCAUUGCAAAUCCACCAAGCUUCGCCCAUAUUCAUUGUGCUCAGGCACUUGGAAUCCCAUUGCAUUUGAUGUUUACUAUGCCCUGGACCAGCACAAGAUCAUUCCCUCAUCCGCUGGCAAACCUGAAAUAUUCGACAACAGAACCCAAAAUGGCUAACUAUCUCUCCUAUGGAAUUGUUGAAUGGCUCACUUGGCAAGGGCUUGGUGAUGUUAUCAAUGACUGGAGAAAGUCUCUUGAUUUGGAGCAAAUAUCUGCCACCGAAGGCCCUCGCCUGGCAGAGACAUUGAAAGUGCCAUUCACAUAUUGUUGGUCACCUACACUAAUGCCCAAGCCCAAGGACUGGGCCGGUCAUCUUGAUGUCUGCGGUUUCUUCUUCCGCUCCCCACCUGACUUCACGCCUCCUCCGGAUCUCGAUGCAUUCCUUCGAAAUGGACCUCCGCCAGUAUAUAUUGGUUUCGGGAGUAUCGUCAUCGAAGACCCUCCGGCAAUGACUGCCACGCUUGUAAACGCCGUGAAGGCGUGGGGAGGCCGCGCAAUAAUCUCGCGUGGAUGGAGCAAUCUUGGUGAAGCAGAAUCAUCUGACCAGAUCUUUUAUCUCGGAGACUGUCCGCAUGAAUGGCUCUUCCAAAAGGUUUCAGCAGUUGUACAUCACGGAGGAGCUGGAACCACGGCUUGUGGACUACGAUUUGGACGACCAUCGCUCGUUGUUCCAUUCUUUGGAGACCAGCUAUUCUGGGGCAACAUGGUUGCUUCCCGCGGCAUUGGACCCAUCCCAAUCCCCCAUCGCUCCUUGAACGCCGAGAACUUGGCGGAAGCUAUCCGCUUCUGCUUGCAUCCGGACACUUUAUCAGCAGCAGAGGAGCUUUCCCGUCAAAUGAGCCAAGAAGCCGGUGUAUCUGCUGCUGUCGCAUCAUUCCACCGGAACCUACCAAUGGCUGACAUGAAAUGUCAGUUCAUGGACUCUGAGGCCGCUGUUUGGCGUUUGAAACAAGAUUCCAAGAACUCCAUGAAUAUGUCCAAGGCCGCAGCGGGAAUCUUGAUCGAAAACUCGCUAAUUGAUCCAAAUGACCUCAAAUCAUAUGAGAGCAACCCUAUCUUUAUUCAAACACGACGAUGGGACCCCAUCACAGGCGGAACCUCCUCUUUACUUGGGAUGUAUAAGGACAUUCUUACAGCCUCAAGUGACGUGGUCAUCCGACCGUACAAGGAACUCACUCGGCCCCGUCAGCAGAGUGAGCCUGAACUAGUUGUGAUUGAAUCUACGCGCGGCGAGUCAUCCAACGAACGACGUCCCUCUGGGGCCACAUCCCGAAGUUCCGGGUCUAACAUGCAAGAUGAAGAUUGGAAAGUUGCCGGUAAUGCCGUGGGUGGAUCUGCCAAAAGUGUCGGGAGAAUCAUCGCAUACUACUACAAGGGUGUGUUGGUUGACAUCCCUGGAGCGGUCAACGAAGGGUUGAGAGCGGUUCCGCGACUCUAUGGCGAGGAUGUCAAGAGAUACGAUAACAUCAAAGAUUUCAAAUCUGGUGUCGCUGCUGCAAGUGAUAAUUUCACUCAUGGGUUUUCCCAUGGGCUCACCGAUAUCUUCAGGCAACCUUACGAGGGUGGCCAGAAGGAUGGCAUUAGGGGGGCGAUCAAGGGCUUUGUGAAAGGCCCAAUUGGCAUGGGCACAAAGGCUGCAUCAGGUGCUCUGGGUCUAGUGGCUUACCCAGGUCAGGGAUUGGCUAAAAGCUUGCAUUCCGCCAUUCAUUCAAAGACCCGGAAGGAGAUUGUAAAGGCGCGAUUGAUUGAGUCGCAAUAUCUUGCCAGACACUCUUCAAAGGCGCAAACUAUGUGUUCAUACGUUCUAGACGCGUAUGAGGUUCAACGGCAACCUUUGGAGUCUCGCAGUUCAACAUAA